GAAAUUUCACCGUCUUUCAUUGCAGCCCCUCAAGCCUUCACCGAGACGCGAUAACAGCAUCUUUUGCUGUUAUUCAGCUCUCGCUUCUCAAUGACACUAUCCAGUGUUUACUCUCGCUUUUUUCAUAAGAGAUUAUUUUCAUAGACUUUGCCUUGUGAUUUUGUUUUGUCUAUAGAACUUUGUACAUUUUAUUUUCUUGCCACCAUGGUGCUAGGAAAGGUGAAGAGCUUCAUUGUAACCUACGACUGUCUAAAUGACAGCAAUGUCCCUGUUUUCUCCAGUGGGGACUCAGUCUCAGGAAGAGUUAUUAUUGAAUUCACCGGAGAGAUUCGUGUGAAGUCACUUAAUAUACAUGCAAAAGGAUUCGCAAAAGUUCGUUGGACAGAAUCACGAAAUGCUGGAUCCAACACUGCCUACACUCAAAAUUAUACAGAAGAAGUUGAAUAUCUGAAUCAUAGAGACAUCCUUAUUGGCCAUGAAAGAGAUGAUGAUAACUCUGAGGAGGGACUCACCACUAUUCAUUCAGGAAGACAUGAGUAUGCAUUCAGCUUUGAGCUUCCACAAACACCUCUGGCUACCUCGUUCGAAGGAAAGCAUGGCAGUGUGCGCUAUUGGGUAAAGGCUGAGCUGCACAGGCCGUGGCUUCUGCCCAUGAAGACCAAGAAAGAGUUCACUGUCUUUGAGCACAUUGACAUCAACACUCCUCUCCUGCUGUCUCCCCAGGCAGGAACUAAAGAAAAGACGCUAUGCUGCUGGUUUUGCACCUCAGGUCCAAUCUCCUUAAGUGCCAAAAUUGAACGAAAGGGUUAUACUCCAGGAGAGUCUAUUCAGAUAUUUGCUGAAAUUGAAAACUGCUCCUCGCGCAUGGUUGUGCCAAAGGCCGCCAUUUACCAAACACAGACCUUCUUUGCCAAAGGGAAGAUGAAGGAGAUAAAACAAUUAGUGGCCAACAUCCGAGGGGAGUCACUUUCUUCUGGCAAGACGGAGACGUGGAAUGGAAAGAUGCUGAAGAUCCCGCCUGUAUCACCCUCCAUCCUUGACUGCAGUAUCAUUAGAGUGGAGUACUCACUCAUGGUGUAUGUAGACAUCCCAGGAGCCAUGAACCUAUCUUUAAACCUGCCUCUAGUGGUUGGCACCAUCCCUCUCCACCCUUUUGGUAGCCGGACAUCUUCUGUGAGCAGUCAAUGCAGCAUGACCAUGAGCUGGUUAGGCAUGACCCUCACUGAGAGGCCUGAAGCUCCUCCAGAAUAUGCAGAGGUGGUCACAGAACAACAGAGACAGAGCUGUCUGGAAGUGUCGUCAAGGCGGGAGAACUUUGAUGGCCCACUAUUCGCCUACAUCCAGGAGUUCCGCUUCCGACCCCCUCCACCCUACUCGGAGACUGAUCCAAAUCCAGAUCAAGACACAUCAACCGCGGAGCAGCGACUCGACACCUGCCCAUCACGCUGAGAAAUGGAUGGCAUGAGUCCAAAGGGAUUGGGCUUUAGGAGCUUUCACUUUUGUUUAUCUCCCAAUGACAGCGACUGUUCACUUUGCUGUCACCACUGAGAGAAAACAAACCUCUAUGGGAAAAAAUCCAGAUGUAAGGGUGCAGGAAGUUACUGUCAAAUUACCUGACCAAGAUAUUCAGCCCCCUUGGAUGGAACACGCCCCAUCGGACUAAGCCUGCAGAGCUUUGUCAAAGUAGUCACUUUUCUCAUGCUUUUCAGUAAAGGUUGACAAAGAACAUGCAGGCCUUGUCCGAGAUCUGAAGAGAAAUGCACACUAGUACAACCACAACCAUUCGCAGAACAGCUGAGAAACGUGUCAUCCUCUUGCCUCAGUUUUUUUGUUUUUUUGCACGUUCCUUUUCCUCACUUGGGUUUUAAGAUCGCUGAUUAUUUUAGUUCAGUUUUCAGCCUUUUGGACUAAGCAACGGAAGGCUCUCACUUGAGCCACAAGCAACACAGAGAAAUGAUUCUGAAGAAUGACAGACUGACGUAAUGCACUGAUCUUGUUUAAGCUCUUUUAAGGUCUGUAGUGUUCAUUGAUUGUGUUUCCUCAUUCGAUAAUCAGCUCUUGGUAACAUGUUGUCUUGACGCUCUUGUGACAUUGCCUCACCAAUUCAUAAGUGUUGCUUUUAUUUUAUUUUCUUCUGUUCACAUGGACUUUAUUUUCAGUUCUAAUUGUAGAAUGCCUUUAAGCCAAACAUGGUUUGCUUGGUGUUAAAUUUGUUGCACAUGUUGUUUGAUCAUGAUGCAACAGUCCUGUUCCAGCGACUCUUGCCGCUCAUGUGCGUGACGGGAGCAGAAAGAUACGUAAAGCCGGAGUGGGGUCCGGGCAGGCAGCCUGAAAAGUUUGUCGUCUCUGUUUGUUGUGUGUAGCAAUGCAGGCUUUAAAAUUGCAAAAAAGGCACUCAUUCUCAGGUGAUCUUCUCACUUUGCCAAAUGAUGAAAACAAAAAUGGUGUAGAUUAUGUUUUGAUUGCACUGUUUCAGUUCAAGGAAGAAGUCUAUAGAAGGAAUAACAGAUUCAAUAUUGAAAAACACAUUCAAUAAAAAGAGAAGAAGAUAUGCACAACGAUGCAAGGCGGCUUUCGAAGACUUAUGACAUUCCCUUUUUGUCCUGCUGCAUCAGCAGUCAUAAUGUUUCUGCAGACCAGUGAAGCCAGAUAUGACACAGAUGCUUUAAAAGCCAAGUUGUAAAGCAAAACAAGGACUAUGGAUCCGAUCCAGAGAUGUCCAAAUCCAGUUGAAAUGAGUUGUACAUUUGUUUUUAAAACUCGUUCAACUACUGAUGUAGUUAAGGCUAUGUUCAUGCUUGGCUUUCAUUAAGCACUUUUUUUUACUGAAUUGAAUCAAGAAAUCUGCUCAUGUGUGGUUGAGGUCUGGAGAAAGUUUAAACCAAUACCAAUGUAAAUAGUUAUAGAUAGUAGAAUUAGUCAUAUGUGUACAUACACAGUCUGUGCGUUAUAGGUUCAUCUGUAAUGUAAAGGGUUUAUAAUUGGGCAGUUGUUUUGUUUUUGUUUGGAGCAAAGUUGUCUUAACAGUGGCCUUGAUGAACAACUGAUUUUACCAUGCUUUAUCAUUUAUGUGAACCUCACUAAUAAUAAUCCAAUUUUCUUUUAGUCUUAGAGAUUGCUGUUCAGUUUAAAGGGACAAAAAGGGAAAACCAAAAAGUCCUUCAAAGCGAGCGUUGAUCAUGCCACUUUUGAGUUGAGCGGGUUUUGGAUUUGUUUUCAGUUAUUGGUUCUGAUGAUUAUGUUGGGCAUUCAUUGUGUUUGUUUUUCAGGCAAACGACCAUUAGAUAGAUCCUGUCGUCUCGAUUAUUAUGGGAACAGUAGCUGUAGCACACCUUAGAGAAAUGGAUGACCCAUUUCAGAAAUGUAGAUCUGCUUCUCUAUUGUGUUUAAAGUUUAGGAUUGAACCAAAAUUGGCCACUAAAGAAAGAAUUAGCUUUAAAUGCAAAAAGAAAAGUGCUUCUUUUUGUGGUUGGUCAAUAUUAUAGUCCAACGCUUGGCCUUCCGUGUAGUCCAGUGUUAAAGCUAAACUCUUGACUCUGUCAGGAAACACCUUUAGUGGAAAUAUGGUGUGUUUUAGAAAUUAAGUGCAAUAUUUCUUGAGUUUAUUUUGCCUCAGUGGUAUAUUUUGUCUUAUUUCAUUGUGAAUUCAUUUCAGAGAUCAUUAUGAACAAUAGAUACUGAUAUGUAUGUUCAUAAUGGUGUCAACUUUUGUCUUAGUUCUUCCUUGGAAAUAAAUAAACCUCCAUCCAUAA